CCUACGAGGGGCGGGCACCUCCCGGCUAAAGGGCUGCCUCCUCCUUCCCGACGUUUGAGGAGCGGCCGCACUGGCCGCUACCCACCGGAGCCGGGCGGGGAGGACGGCCCGCAGCGCGGCGAGGGAUGCGGCCUCGGAAGGGCAGAGGCUGAAGUGUCCCGUGCUCGCCGCGCGUCGCUCCGCGCCUCCGCCGCCCGUCUCAUUCCCCGCCCGAGCGGCAGGAGGAAGAACUCCGCGGCAGGAAAGUAAAUAAACUUAAUUGAGAAUGUCCGAAAACCCUGGCCAGCCCAAUAUAAAUGAAGCCGGAAAAUCAAAAUCGAAUGAUUCUGAGCAAGACCUUGAAGAUGCUGUGGAAGGUUCUGAUGAAGCUCUACAGAAAACAAUAAAGUCGGUUUCUCCCAGCACCCAAAGAGUGCAAAGACCUCACUCUAGUCCUCCUCGAUUUGUGACAGUAGAAGAACUUCUAGAGACAGCGAAAGGAGUCACUAACAUGGCUCUAGCCCAUGAAAUUGUAGUAAAUGGAGACUUUCGGAUUAAACCGGUUGAAUUACCAGAAGACAGCUUGGAGAAGAGAGUAAAGGAGAUUGUACAUAAAGCUUUUUGGGAUUGCUUGAGCAUCCAGCUAAGUGAAGAGCCCCCGACAUAUGACCAUGCCAUCAAACUUGUUGGAGAAAUCAAAGAGACUCUCUUAUCUUUCUUGCUGCCUGGUCACACUAGACUGAGAAACCAGAUAACAGAAGUCUUGGAUCUGGAUCUGAUAAAGCAAGAAGCAGAGAAUGGAGCCUUAGACAUUUCCAAGCUGGCAGAAUUCAUUAUUGGCAUGAUGGGGACCCUGUGUGCACCUGCUCGAGAUGAGGAAGUCAGGAAACUAAAGGACAUUAAGGAAAUAGUGCCCCUUUUCAGGGCAAUUUUUUCCAUGUUGGACCUCAUGAAAGUAGACAUGGCGAACUUUGCCGUCACUAGCAUUAGGCCGCAUCUCAUGCAGCAGUCUGUGGACUACGAAAGGAAGAAGUUUCAACAGCUUUUGGAGAAGCAGCCAAAUUCCCUGGACUUUGUCACCCAGUGGCUGGAAGAAGCCGCAGAUGACCUUAUGAAUCAGAAGUAUAAAAAUGCUCUGCCAGCUGGGGGAGGGGCCGCUGGCUCUGGGGACGGUCCCAUGCCAAAUCCUGUGGCGGUCCAGAAUUAUGCAUACCUGAAGCUUCUGAAAUGGGACCACCUCCAGAGACCUUUCCCGGAAACCGUUUUGAUGGACCAGGCUCGCUUCCAAGAGCUCCAGCUCCAGCUGGAGCAGCUCACCAUUCUGGGAGCCGUGUUGCUGGUCACGUUCAGCAUGGCAGCCCCAGGAAUUGCCAGCCAGGCCGACUUUGCUGAGAAACUCAAGAUGAUCGUGAAGGUUCUGCUGACAGAUGCGCAUCUGCCCUCCUUCCAUCUGAAGGACGCCCUGACUACCAUUGGGGAGAAAGUCUGCCUGGAGGUGAGCAGCUGCCUUGCCCUGUGUGGGCUCACCCCCUUCACCACGGAAAAGGAGGCCGUGCUCAAGGGCCAGAUCCAGGCUGUAGCCAGUCCCGACGACCCCAUCCGCAGGAUCAUGGAUUCCCGAAUCCUGAUCUUCUUAGAAAGCUACCUUGCCUCGGGUCAUCAGAAGCCAUUGCUCACGGUCCCUGGGGGAUUGGGUCCAGUUCAGAAAGAGCUGGAAGAAGUUGCUAUUAAAUUUGUCCGCCUGGUCAACUAUAACAAGAUGGUCUUCAGUCCCUACUACGAUGCCAUCCUCAGGACUCACACAGACUCUCAUGCCACCACCCCCCCCGCCACCGUGUCCACUGGUGGAGUUCUCCAAGUGGCAAAGCCAAGAAUGAAGGAGGCAAAGUUCAGAAUCACAAUAUUCAUAUUGAAUUGUGUUGUUGUUCUUUGAAGAUAAGUGAGCUACUUUCUUCUUGGAAUCUCAUAGGAUUAUCACUAAAGGCCAGGAAAAUUCAUUUAGUCACUCAGGAAAUGUUUGCUGAGCAUCUCCUUGUAAUCUCCCCCCUUCCCCAACCCGCAGUUCUCCCUCCAAGAUAUGUAUCCUUUGGAGCAGAAAUUAUCCUUCAGAAUUGACCUGGUUCUAUGUAAUGCAUUCUGAUUGGAUUUGACAUGAUUUUCUAUCUAACGGGUUUGUGGAAACAAGCGUCUUUUAGGGGAGUGCUAGGUUUAUUUGGUGGUAGUACUUUACUGUGGAUAGAACUGAGCGCCUUGAGAGUUGGGUCCAUCAUAGCAGGUGUGUUCGAUUUAUCUGAUGGCCUCACGAAUGAAUGAAUGUCCAGAGCAGGAACUGCUACUUUGUCAGCUCUCGGUUGGGUGGAUGGAUUCUCAGCCUAGAAGUUUUUUGAAAAUCUCAUUACGUUUAAAGCAAGCUGUACCAUGCGAUUGUUUAUGUAACCAUAUAACCCGACUAUAAAUAUACUUCAGGUAAGGACGGCUUACCGAUUAAAUGCAGUAGGCAGGUGCCUCAGAGUUUUUUUCUCUGAAGAAAAGUUAUGAGUAAGUCUGACACAGCAGGGAUAUAAUGUGCACACGCUGGCUGACGAUUAAUGGGUUAUUUAGCAGUUCUGUUUUUGUGGAGGUGCUUCUGUUCAUCUCUCUAAAACCCUAAGAUUCCUGGGAAUAAAGAGGUGUUGCCACACCACCAUUCCUGCUGAGUUGCAAAGGGAAUGAAUAGGUGUUUGCUGUUUGAUUUCCAGUGACUUUUGGCAUGCUCUGGUUUCUGUGUAGAAUGUUUGUAUUAAUUUUCAUUUUGAGGCCGGGUGGUAGAGUGGAAAGACUGGGAGCUGUCAGGAAACCAGAGUUCUGACCCCAUUUCUGUUACGUACUAACUGGGGCAAAUCAGGACCUAUUUCCAGCACAUGUAACAUGAAAGGACUAGACUGGAUCUUUGAACUGCUUUCCAAUCCUGACAUUCUGUGAUGUGUCUCAUUUGAGUAACGUAAGUACACUGCAGUAGGAUCGUGCACAGAGCUCCUGAUUUAGAGGGCGGUCUGGGUUGGAGUCCUUCCUCUCUUGCCUUCUUACUGGCUGUGUGAUAUUGGGCCAGUCAUUGUCCCUUGGGCCCCAGCAUUUUCAUCUGUAAAACGGGGAACGACUCAUUGACACUUGCUGUGAGGAUUACAUUUGAUAAUGGAUAUUAGAAUGCUUUGUACAUGGGAAAGGACUAUAAAUAGGAGGAGAGCAUAUAACCGUCUCCCCGUAGGUGUACCUGUGUCUGUGCCCAGCCUCCCUUCAGUCAGCGUAUUCUACGGGCUGGACGGAAGGGUUUCCUUCUGUCCUGGGACUCGUACUUUCUUCUGUCAUCUCUUCUGUACUAAAGCUGCAAUCUUCCCUUUGCUCCUCUCCCUGCUUCCACCGCCACCCCACUGAUUCCUCCCCACCUCACCUCUGUAUUAUUUGAACCAAAUGAAUUCAUGAGUGAACAAAUGAAGGACGGCAGAUGAUGGGCUAUGAAACUCCUAUUUAAGGGCACUUAUCUCAUUGAAAACAUAAUCUAAAUAAAGAACCACAAUGAUGUUUGCAAUUGUGUCUUUA